AUGUCAUCAACACUAGGACUCCCUACACGAGGAUCAGAAGUAACAAUUAACAUAACCAGGAUCCACUUGCAUCCCCUUUGUGUUCUUGUAGAGUUCUGGGGAAAGUUCAGUCAGGAGAGCACCGUAGAUUCAGAGUGCCUGGCUAAAGACAUUCAGUCACCUGAAAAUGCAUUUCAAGAGUAUGAAGGAGGUCCUGGUGAUCAGUGCUUGGUCCAGAUAGAUGGCAUUUGGAACAGGGCCCGCAUAGUCUCUAGAAAUGGCUCAAAAUACAGUUUGUAUCUCAUUGACAAAGGGGUGACGUCUUGCACCAAUACAAGUAAGCUGGCAUGGGGUAAGAAGGAGCACUUCCACCUUCCACCUGAAGUGGAAUUUUGUGUGUUAGCUAAUGUGUUGCCACUCUCGACUGAGAGCAGAUGGUCUCCAGUGGCUCUCGAAUAUCUGAGAUCUCUCUCCGGGAAGUCUUUGAAAGCACAUGUUCAAGAUGUACUGGUGGCCUACAGGAUAUAUUUCGUGCACAUCCCCUUCAUAUCCAAACAAAUGUAUGAGAUGGGAUUUGCUAAGAAGGUGUCUCCAGACAUGUUCCAGGAAUUUGUGCUCAUGUCACUAAAGUCCAAUAGUGUCAUUAGUCACCAGAUCUCCAUGAGCGCAGAUGUGCGACUGCACAAGCAAGAUCAGUUCAUGGUCCCAGAGCUUCCAGAUGGAACUGUGGAGACUGUCAUAGUCACAGAAGUGACAAGUCCGCAGAAGAUUUUCUGCCAGCUGAAGGUCUUCUCACAAGAGCUGAAGAAACUCUCAGAGAAACUCACAAAAAUCUGUGAGGGCAGAAUGACCAAUUGCACAGUGGGUCCAGAAAUGAUUAGUUUCCCCUGUGCUGCAAAAGGAAAUGACGGCAGAUGGCAUCGCUCUGUUCUUCAACAGGUUUUCCCAGCCAAUGGAGUGGUGGAAGUGUUUAACGUUGACUGUGGAACAAAACAGUUUGUUCAAGUGGAGAAUGUGGGACCACUGGCUUCAGAAUUCUUCAGGAUGCCUGUUGUGACCUACAUCUGUUCCCUCCAUGGAAUCGUUGACAAAGGGGAUGGUUGGACAUCCAGCCAGAUUGACCUUCUCCGGAACCUUCUUCUGCACAAGACUGUAAUCGCUAAAUUUGAGUACCAGAGCAUGUCUGAAGGUGUUAACUAUGUCACACUAUUUGGUGAUGAAAAUACAAAUAUCAACAAGUUGUUUGGGUCCAAGGAGAGCUGUUUGCUGGAAUGUGAGAAAACACUUGGAGAUUAUGCUAUCCGUAGCCCGGCAUACAGCCAGGAGCAUCAAGCCCAGCAAGAAAGAAGUCAAAGAAAGCCGUCAACUUCUCCAAAGGCUGCAGAGGAAAAAGAACAGAAAGGGAUACCUGAGAAGUUACCUGCAGAAGACCUCUCCAUAAACUCUUCACAUGUUGCAGUUGUUCAGCAUGUAUCCAACCCAUCAGAGUUUUGGAUCCAAACACAGAAAUAUGCUCAGGAGCUGGAUGAACUGAUGGAUAGGAUCUAUCAUUUGCACAAAGAUUCAGGAAACAAAGAUGUGGUGAGGAAUCCAACUGUAGGGUUGUACUGUGCCGCCAAGGCCGAAGAUGGUGUCUUCUACAGAGCAAUUGUGUCCGAAGUUGGUCAGACACAAGUCAAGGUGUUCUUUGUUGAUUAUGGAAACACUGAAGUUGUUAAAAGGAUGAACAUCAGGACCCUUCCUGACAAGUUCAAAAAGCUGCCAAGACUUGCACUUAAAUGCACCCUGGCUGAUGUCAGACCCAAAGAUGGGAGAUGGAGUCCAUGUGCCUCUGACUAUUUCAUCAAAGCAGUCACAGAUAAAGCACUAAAUGUACAUGUGACAGCAAAAUAUGAUGAUGGCUAUGUUGUUCAACUAACAGAUCCUGAAGCUCAUGAAGAAAGAGAUCUCAGUACACUGAUGCGUACUUACAACCUUACUGAAAAGGCUGAGACAAAGCGACAACCCAAAGCCAAUGGCACUAUACAACCUGCUGUUCUGCCUUCCACACAACAUCCACAUGACUCUGGGAUAUGUCUCAAACAAAACACUGUUGGCCCUGCCAUCAAUGAAAGGAGAAUUCCUUCAUUCAAGGAGAACAUGUUUCACAUUGGGAGUGUCCUAGAUGUCUCUGUGUCUCACAUCAAAAGCCCAAAUGAUUUCUGGUGCCAGCUCGUGAGCAAUGCAGGGCACUUGAAAUUUCUAAUGCAUGACAUACAGGCUCAUUAUGUAGGCAGUGAAUUUCAGCCUGUUGUUGAAACAGCUUGUGUUGCUCGCCACCCUGAUAAUGGAAUGUGGUACAGGGCCAUUGUAAUUCACAAACAUGAAAAACCUCUCGUGGAUGUGUUGUUUGUUGACUAUGGCCAGACAGAAACCAUCUCCCUCUAUGACCUGAGGAGGAUAUGCCCAGAAUUUCUCACUCUGCCUGGACAAUCCUUUCGAUGCAAUCUGUUAAACCCUAUGGACCCCACAUCUGCCAAUGAGUGGAAUCAGGAGGCAACAGCAAGAUUCCACAAGUUUGUGGAAACUGCGGCAUCCAACUUUGUGAUUUUAAAGUGCACCAUAUAUGCUGUCAUGUACAGUGAUCAGAAGAUCAUUUUCAACAUUGUGGAUCUGGAAACUCCCUUUGAAAGUGUCUGCACCAGCAUGGGCAAUCUUGUCAAAAGUGCCCGUCCCAAGAAAGUCUCUGAGCCAUCUGUCCGCCUAGACUCGUACUACUUCUCAUCGCACAAUGUCAAAACUGGCACAGAAGAACAGAUCACAGUGACAUGUGUUAACAAUGUCAACCAGUUCUACUGCCAGCUUGAGAGGAACACUGAUGUGAUGGAAGAUCUAAAGAACGAGGUUAGUCAAGUCUGCCAUCAGCUGGAGAAUGUAAAGCUCCCAGGAGUCUUAGGAGCGUUGUGCUUUGCCAAGUACACUGAUGGACACUGGUACAGGGGUCAAAUCCAGGACACAAAGCCAGCAAUUCGGGUUCACUUUGUGGACUACGGUGACACGAUUGAAGUAGCAAUGUCUGACUUGCUUCCAGUACCUAUAGAAGCUAAUGCCAUCAUGUCUGUGCCUGUGCAAGCAGUUUUGUGUGGUCUGUCAGAUGUCCCUGCCCAAGUUCCAAGUGAGGCGAACAGCUGGUUUGAGACAUGUGCAACAGAAUCUAAAUUCCAAGCAGUAGUUGUGGCCAGAGAACCUGAUGGUAAACUGCUGGUUGAACUAUAUCAAGGAGGCUCUCAGAUAAAUUCAAAGAUCAAGAAGAAGUUUCAGAUUGAGAUGCACACAAAUGAGCAGGUUGUCAACCGGAGAGCAAUUCCCCCCAAAACAGCUAAUCAAAUCAGAGAUGACUCUAAAUCUACCAACACAAAUCUGCAGUCUGCACCGAAGCCUUUGGGCCAUGUUAAUGAACAUGGUCAAAAGGUCAAAGCUGUUCCAUUACAGCUGUACCAACCUCCUCACCAAAGACAGUCAUGUGGGACCACACUGAGAAAUAUGGGAAAUGGUUAUGAGCCUGCGUGUGCCCAAGUCAGACCAAAUGAGGAAAAUAUCCGCACUGACACCGACCAGCUGAUCAAAUCCAUAUCACCUGGUGCAGACUCUCGGGUAGAAGGCCAUGUUGAAAAGCUUCCUAAACUUGCAGACCUGCCGUUAACAUCUAUCACACCAGGUAUGGAAGCAGAGGUUUAUGUCUCACACUACCACAGCCCAUCGAGUUUUCACGUUCAACUCUUCAGGGACGAGGAUGAAAUAUUCUCUAUUUCUGAAAAGCUCAAUGAUUCAAUAUCAAUCACAAAAAACAAUGACGUCAAAGUUCUAAAUCCAGGUGACCUUGUUCAAGCAGAGUUUGCAGAUGACUCCAUGCGGUAUCGUGCAGUUGUUAGAGAAAUCCACAAAAACACAAUGGCUCUCGUUGAGUUUAUUGAUUUUGGAAACACAGCAAUGACACAAAUGUCCAAGAUGGGCAGACUCCACAAGUCUUUCUUGCUGCUUCCCAUGUACAGCACACACUGCAUGCUGAGCAAUGUUGCAGAUCAUGGGAAAGAGGACAUGCUUGAUCCUAAAGUGCUGUCAGCUAUUAAAGAAGCUGUAUGUGGUGAUGGAGACAAGAAGCUCAAAUGCCGGUUUAUCAGGCAGUCAGGAUCUGUGUGGGAAGUCAGUCUGGAGGAUAGUGGUGUGAAUCUCAUAUGUAAAGUAAUGACCAAGUGUUCAGCCAAUGCUUCUGAAUCCACCUCAGAGAACCAUGAAGAAAUUGAGGAAAAACAUGCCCAGACCCCAGAGAAACUGCCACUGAACUCUUGCCCUCUAACUUACGGUCAACUAGAGUUUUUAGAGGAACAGCAGUUACAAAGCUACAUCUCAUCUAUAACUGAUGCUCUUUCCUUUUGGUGUCAAUCUGCUGACACAGAAGAACUGGACAAGAUAACUUCUGGUGUCUCAGAAUUUGGGAAUGCAGCCGAUCACAAACAUGUUGACCUAGGCACCCUCUCCCCUGGCAGCCCAUGCAUUGUUCUCUUUUCGGACGAUCAUCUCUGGUACCGUGCGGUGGUCGUUGACACAGAGGGAGACAAGCUGUCUGUUCUCUUUGUAGACUAUGGAAACAAGUCCCAAGUCAAUAUUACAGAUGUGAGGGAAAUGCCCCCUCAUUUAGUGGAAGCUCCUCCACAGGCAUUUUUGUGCGAGCUUGAAGGCGUUGGUUCUUCAUGUGGAUCCUGGGACAUUGGCGCAGUAGAUGAGCUGUUCACUCUUACAACAGACAAGUUGUUACAGUUGACAGUCACCAGAGUAACCAGAGAAGAAGAAAACAUCAAAUACUUUGUGAAGAUGGAAUGUGACGGCCAAGUGAUAAAUGAGGUGAUGAGAAACUGGUGGAAAUGCUCCACAACAGAAAACCAACCAAAUGCAGGUGAACAAUGUGACUCAACUGUGGAAGAGGCUGCACUACCUGAGGAUCAAACGGAGUAUCCCACAAAACAGGAAAAAGAUCCAGAUGCUGCUUGCAUUCACCCACAGAGAGAGCAUAGAGAAGACAGCCCAUUGCCUGCACAUUCUGACCAAAGUAAUUGGAUCUUAAGCUGUGACGAGGAUGUGUGUGAAACUAACAAAGGCUCUGAAGAGGAGGGUGCUUCAGUGACAGACACUGUUGGGCCAGAUGACGAAAAUGUUCUACCGGAUUGUAACCGAGAGGAGACCGUGGACUGUUCUGAGAUCCUACCGACAGACCUGGAGUCUUCAGCUGCAGAAAUGAGGGCCUGCAACAUGGGAAGCAGCUUUCACUCCAAGAUUGACUUAGCUCCAACAAAUGACAGCAAGACUCCUAUCCCAAGUGACAUUUCUAUUACCAGCCGGUCAGCAGGGAAAAUGGUUCCACGUGAAGCUGUUUGUCACAGGAAAAGCAUUUAUCAGCAUGAGAUGAUUGAUCUGAUUUCGACAGACUUGGAGCAGAUUCAGACAGAAUUGUUGCUGCCCUCUCCUCUGCUUCCUGCUCGGCUUGUGUGUGAUGCUCCUACAGAGCAGGACAUUGCAGCUAGAAGUGAUGUCACAGAGGUGCCAUGCAUUGCCCCAUGUUUAGAGGUUGAUUUGAUGACUGAAGACGAGACCUUAGCUCCUCAGCAGGAUACAGAAUCAGGUUUGCUGCCGUCACCUCAGUCUUUAAAUGACUUUUAUCCAUAUGAGCCAAGUGAUGAUGAGAAACUCACAAGGGAAACGGAAGAGGAUGUCAUUAGCCUGACUGAAGAGAUUAAGUUCAAAUGCAUCCCAGAGCAAGUCGGUUCUGAUGUAAAAGAUGACCUGCAUAAGAUAAUGGCUAAAGGAUCAAAUGAGAUUGACUUGAUGACUGAAGGCGAGACCUUAGCUCCUCAGCAGGAUACAGAAACAGAUCCAUAUGAGCCAAGUGAUGAUGAGAAACUCACAAGGGAAACGGAAGAGGAUGUCAUCAGCCUGACUGAAGAGAGCAAGUUCAAAUGCAUCCCAAUUCAAACUGAAUUGUUGCUGCUGUCUCCUCUGCUUCUUGCUCAGCUUGUGUGUGAUGCUCCUACAGAGCAGGAACUUGCACCUAGAAGUGAUGUCACAGAGGUGCCAUGCAUUGCCCCACGUUUCGAGAUUGACUUGAUGACUGAAGGCGAGACCUUAGCUCCUCAGCAGGAUACAGAAUCAGAUCCAUAUGAGCCAAGUGAUGAUGGGGAACUCUCAAGGGAAACGGAAGAGGAAGUCAUCAGCCUGACUGAAGAGAUUAAGUUCAAAUGCAUCCCAGAGCAAGUCGGUUCUGAUGUAAAAGAUGACCUGCAUAAGAUGAUGGCUAAAGAAUCAAAUGAGAUUCAGACUGAAUUGUUGCUGCCGUCUCCUCUGCUUCCUGCUCAGCUUGUGUGUGAUGCUCCUACAGAGCAGGACAUUGCAGCUAGAAGUGAUGUCACAGAGGUGCCAUGCAUUGCCCCACGUUUCGAGAUUGAUUUGAUGACUGAAGGCGAGACCGUAGCUCCUCAGCAGGAUACAGAAUCAGAUCCAUAUGAGCCAAGUGAUGAUGAGAAACUCACAAGGGAAACGGAAGAGGAUGUCAUUAGCCUGACUGAAGAGAUUAAGUUCAAAUGCAUCCCAGAGCAAGUCGGUUCUGAUGUAAAAGAUGACCUGCAUAAGAUGAUGGCUAAAGCAUCAAAUGAGGAUAACCCCAUGACUGAAGACGAGACCGCAGAUCUUCAUGAAGACAAACUUUCUGCUCUGUCAUGGGACACAAAGCCACAAAGCUCCCGUCAAGACAUGAGUAACCUGGGUGAUGGGAUGACCCGUUUUUUGGCAGAGAACUGUGUGAAAGACGUCUGCAGAGACCAGCAACAACAGCCUGAAACAGAGACUGAGCAGCUGGUGCAUUCACCACCCGAACAGAAAGACCUCGAGCUGGUGACUCAUCUCUCUCUGGUCGUCUGUGACGGUUCUGCUGAUCUGCCUGUUGAGCCACAGCCGCAGUAA